GUCUGCCUGAGGCUGGCUCUCUGGAGAACAGGGGAAGAUGGCACAGAAUUUGUAUGGUCCCCGCGUGCGGAUGGGCAACUGGAACGAAGACGUCUACUUGGAGGAGGAGCGCAUGAAAGACUUCUUAGAGAAGAGAGAUAAGGGGAAACUUCUCAUUCAGAGAAACAGAAGGCUGAAAAACAACCUUUUGAGACCGAUGCAGCUUUCGGUAUCUGAAGAUGGAUUUGUUCACUAUGGCGACCAAGUGAUGCUUGUGAAUCCUGACCACCCCCCAGGGGAAGAAGCUGGUGUGUUUCUGGAUGGAGACAUGAGCCUGUGCAUGACCCCAGAUGAAAUUAAUGCCCAGCUUCAUGAUGAAUUAGAAGUGCCCUGUGGCCUGAGUGCUGUGCAGACUAAGGUCCCCAUAGGGAGAAACACUUUCACAAUUUUGAGUACAGGCAACAACACCAGGGGCCAAGUCCUUAGAUAUGGGCAGGACUUCUGCCUUGGCAUAGUGGGAGGACUGGAAAACAAAAUGUUAUAUUUAUCAAGCGACCACAGGACCCUUCUGAAGUCCUCUAAGAAGUCUUGCCUCCAGGAGGUGACCCUGAUAGAUGAGACCUCCCACCUGAACUGCUGGCAAGCUGCUUUCCUGGAUCCCCAGCUGCGCCUGGAAUAUGAAGGCCUCCCGGUCAGGGCAAAUGAAAAACUUAUCAUCUAUCAUCGACACACAAACCGGGCCCUGGUGGUCCAUCGGCAUCUCUUCUUAAGGACCUAUUUUGGAAAGGAAGUUGAAGUUGCAGCUCACACACAUCUGGAUUCACACAGAGCUGAAAAACCCAAGAACCACUGGAUGCUGGUUACUGGAAAUCCCAGGAGCAACUCGUCUACCAUGUUGGAUAUACCUAAACCACCGGCAGAGGACACUCGUGCUGUGGAGCAGGCCAUGGGUAUCAGCAUGUAGUGACACCCUAGACACGCAUGUGUUCUCUCAGGGCCUGUUAUCAUCAAUUGUAGCUUUUUAAAGAAAUUAACAGUAUUGGUUGUGCUUCAAGUUGUUUUCAGUAGGGUCUAGAACUCUCUGAAUAUUAUAUUAAAACAAAGACCAUGUUGAAAUUAUUGACUUAGUGAUGAAGGCCUAGCUGUGGGAAGCAAAUAACAUUUGAAAAUGAAUACUAUUUGAAGUGAGAUCACCCCUGUUGUAUCCAAAUUUUGAAGAACUUGGUGUCCCCCACAUAGAUUUCUUUUAGUAGUAGGAACCCUCAAGACCCGUGUUCCUUUCUAAAGCUAUGUCUACAUAAUAAAGCUGCCAGAAGCAUGCAGAUGUUUCAGCACUGCUGUUUCUCCCUCAUUCCUCUCCCAUAUGUGCUCUGAGCUAUGUAUGGCCUUGCCUUGGAAUUAAAAUCCCCCGUCCCUUACAAAACAUCUUAUUUUUCUUUCAAUCUCAGUCUUGGGAGGCCAGGUCCCCUAUUUAAUCAGUGAUUUAUGAUCUUAUGAUGACUUUCAAACCACAGAAACCUUUUAUUUCCAGCUAAUCUUAGAAACUGACCCAUUCAUUAUGUCAUACACGUGAUUAGAAAGAUC